AUGAGAGACUAUAAGUUAGUAGUAUUGGGUGCGGGUGGUGUUGGUAAGUCCUGUCUGACAGUACAGUUUGUACAAGGUGUUUAUUUGGAUACGUAUGAUCCCACGAUUGAAGAUUCCUACAGAAAAACCAUCGAAAUCGAUAACAAGGUCUUUGAUCUCGAAAUUUUGGACACAGCGGGCAUUGCGCAAUUUACUGCAAUGAGAGAAUUAUACAUAAAAUCAGGAAUGGGGUUUCUUUUGGUAUAUUCAGUAACUGAUCGACAAUCUUUAGAAGAAUUAAUGGAGCUGAGAGAACAGGUUCUUCGGAUCAAAGAUUCAGAUCGCGUUCCAAUGGUUCUGAUAGGUAAUAAAGCUGAUUUAAUCAAUGAAAGGGUAAUAAGUGUGGAAGAAGGUAUAGAGGUAAGUAGCAAGUGGGGCAGAGUUCCAUUUUAUGAAACUAGCGCAUUGUUGAGGAGUAAUGUCGACGAAGUGUUUGUUGAUUUAGUGAGGCAAAUCAUUCGGAAUGAGAUGGAAAGUGUGGCCAUCAAGGAUGCAAGAAACCAAAGUCAACAGUUUAACAAAAAUGAGUCUUCAUCAACCAAGCUCCCUAAUUCUGCCAAGCAAGAUACAAAACAUUCAAACAAGCAAACAUCUAAAGGGUUGUACAACAAGUCAUCACAAGGACAAGUAAAAGCUAAACAAUCUUUGUCAGCCAAUGAAAAGCGCAAAACAUCACAUGCUGUUCCUAAACCGGGAGCUACCAACAGAGAAGGAAUCAAUUCUGGUUCACAAGCAAAAAAGAAAAAAAAAAGCAAUUCCGCUUGCAGUAUUUUGUAA